AGAUGCUCUACACCAGCAAGUCAUGUCACAAUGGCAAGGCCCGAGCUACAUUGCGGCAGCACCAUACAGCAGCUACGCACCGAGGACAUCAGUAUGUCAGUGCUCGACUGGACACACCACACCUGCUGUCCUUGGCUCACCACUUCAACCAUCUACGCCACUGUCAAUGGAGUCUCAAACGCCCACCUUAGAUGCCCCACAAGACGUCAGCUUUGAGUACUUUGACGCAGCAGUUCAAUACCAGAAUGAGCUCUGCCUGAGCCCCAACAAUCUCCCUGCUACACCCACGGAAGAGAUGGUCUUUGGUCUUGGCAUCAGCUUCCCCCAGCAAACAGCGAAGCAUGGAGAAGACCUGAUGACUCCACCUACCACACCUACGAAGCUUCCUAGGACUUCAGUGUCUGAGUCACCCAUCGCUCGGCGUAAGUGGACAGCUGACGAGGACGAAGCUCUUACCGAAGCCGUUGCCAAGUAUGCAACAUGUGCUCAGAAGUGGAAGAAGGUUGCUGCAGCUGUUGGCAACAGGCACGCAAAGCUCUGUGCCAAGCGUUGGGAUUAUCUCGACCGUACCACCAUGAAGGGAGUCAAGCGUGGACGAUGGACAUACGAUGAAGAUGUUGUGCUCUCGCAGCUUGUUCGCGAUUGGACUUCAUCGCGCACUGACAAGAUCAACUGGAAUGUCAUCGCCACUCAGUUGCCUCGUCUUCGCAGUGGCACUCAAGCCCAGGCGCGCUACACAGAAACACUUGACCCCUCAAUCAAGAAGGGCUGGUGGACGCCAGAGGAGAUUAUGGCCCUUCAAGCAGCUAUUCAGCUCUAUGGCACAUGUUGGCGUCAAGUCGCUCAAGAGGUACCUGGACGUACUCAACGCCAGUGUCGCAUGCGCUACUUGGCUUUGGCUGGUACCAGUGACGAACAAGAUGAGGCACGGUGCGAUAGUGCCUAAAUGAUUCGAUAUAAGAUACUUUGCUAGCGUCGGCGUUGUCCUUAGAUUGUUGAAAAUUCACUACAUAUACAACCAUCUGAAUACGUGCGAGUGAAAGCCAGGUGAACAGAAUUCUGAGGCUGGGACAUGAAUCUCACCAAGUGCAAGUGCCAAGUUAGUACUCGAUCUCGAUCACAAGCAGAUGACAGCUCAUCUUGCAUGAUACACAUCAAUGGCGACGGUAUGUCUCUGCGAAGAGCCGCCUACCUAUGGCGUGUCAGGUUCUUGAGAUUUUAUGACGAGAGAUGCCGAGCAUCAAGUUGCCAUCAACGCCUUGUUUUGACCAUUUCCGAUCUCGCAUUUCUUAUCUAAUUCAAGGUGAUUGCACGGCAGAUCUACACACAUGUUAUAUUUU